AUGGCGGAACUCAAGGCUACUUCGGCGUCAGCGCCUGAGAAAUUCACAUCGUUCGCACAUGAUGAGCAUAGGAGCGACGACGAGUCUCCAGAGCUCUCAGCUAGUGACAUUAACUACGAUAGUAAUGGAGUGAGAGGAAUCCUGAAUUCUCCCUAUGUCUGUGGUGCAGCUCUGCUGGCAUCUUUCGGCGGGUUUUCUUUCGGCUAUGAUCAGGGUGUCAUUUCUCUCAUUCUGGUGAUGCCGCAGUUCGUCGAUCAAUUUCCACAGGUCGGCGAAAAUGCUCCCAACUAUGGUUUCAACAAGGGAUUUUUGACGGGAAUGCUGGAGCUCGGUGCCUUCCUCGGAUGUCUCCUCUUCCCUUAUCUUGCUGAUAGAAUUUCACGCAAAUGGGGCAUUACGGUUGCCACUGCGUUCUUUACAAUCGGUGCCAUCAUACAAACAUCUGCCCAGAAUUACGACUCUCUUGUCGCAGGCCGUUUCAUUGGAGGCAUUGGUGUCGGUACUUUGGCCAUGGGAGCUCCACUUUAUAUUUCCGAAAUUGCACCUCCGAAUCUGCGAGGAUCUCUGAUGGUCCUUGAAGCAAUCAGCAUCGUUAUCGGUGCCAUUGUCGCAUACUGGAUCACUUAUGGAACAAGGGCGAUGAGCGGAGACUGGGCCUUUCGACUUCCGUUCCUCUUGCAAAUGAUUCCAGGUUUGGUCGUUGGCUUCGGUAUUCAUUGCUUCCCGUUCUCUCCCCGAUGGCUUGCUCUCAGAGACAAAAACCAAGAGAGCCUCCAAGCACUUUCCAAGCUUCGAAGACUUCCCACGACGGAUAAAACUGUUCUGCUCGAGUGGCGGGGUAUCCUUACCGAAGAUCGAUUCCAGAAACAAAUAUUGCGAGACCAACACCCCAAUACUGGGCCAUUAAUGAUGGAGGUCAAGCAGUGGCUUGAUCUUUUUCGCCCAAGAUACCUUAAGCGCACAUGUGUUGCUAUUGCAAUUCCAUUUUUCCAGCAGUUCUCUGGCAUCAACGCUUUCGUAUACUACGCUCCGACAUUCUUCGCAGAGCUUGGUCAAGAUUAUAAUAUGUCACUUAUUCUCUCGGGAAUGGUCAACAUUUGCCAGCUCAUCGGUGCUAUUCCCAUUCUGCUGUACAUGGACAAGAUUGGCAGACGGAAGAUUGCUAUAUACGGCGCCCUCGCGAUGGCCAUUCCACACCUGAUCAUGGCAGGCGUGGUCGGAAAGUUCAACUCGAGUUGGGAAAGUCAUCAAGCCGUUGCGUGGUUUGGCGUCGCACUAGUCUAUAUCUACGUCCUUGCCUAUGCACUUUCAUUCGGCCCUCUUGCCUGGGUCCUUCCUGCUGAAGUGUUCCCUAGCUCUCGGCGGGCCAAGGGAGUUGGUAUUGCGACUGCGACUAACUGGCUCGCUAAUUUCAUCAUCGGCACAGUUGUUCCUCAAAUGCUUGUAUCCAUUGGCUGGGGCACAUUUCUCUUCUUCGGAGUAUGGUGUUUGAUUGCGAGCGUUUUCUCAUACUUCCUUGUUCCGGAGACGUCCAACAAGUCUUUGGAGCAAGUUGCAGCGGUCUUUGGCGACAAUCUCCAAGCCGAUGAAGAGGAUCUUCGUCGUCAGGUUCAGAGAGAAGUGUGGGCGGUGUCUAGUAUGCAGGAGCAAACUCCUUAA